AUCCGCCCGGGAUGGUCGAAAGUGAUUCAUGCCGAUACAUACCAAAAGCAUCGUACUCGUGCCGGAACCACACUUGACCCACUGUAACCGGAAUGUCGUUUGAACACGGACCGUCAACAACAAUAGAUCCCUGGCGCGAAGUCACUUCCAAGAACAGUGACAAAAACCGGUGAUAUCUUGAAUGUUGCCCCUUGUUCGAACAUUGCCAUCCAUUUCGAGAAAGGCAUCUCUUCGGAGAUCCUUACCGACGAUAUCCGCAAAACGACCCCCAUUGCUUUGCCCGUUCGCAAACAAUGCGUCGUCAUCGCCAAUGGCGACGGGUCAUGUGUCGAUGCAACACAGAACCAUGAUGGCUGGGCACAAUAAAUGGAGCAAGAUCCGUCACAAGAAGGGUGCCAACGACGUGAAAAAGGCCCUGAUCCUCGGCAAGGCAUCGAAGAGCCUGACGGUUGCCUCCAAAGAAUGCCAAGGCGACCGAUCCGACAUGCGCCUACAGGCGGCCAUCCAGCACGCAAAAUCCGUCCAGCUGCCCAGGGAUCGCAUUGACGAAGCCAUCGAAAAGGGAACAAAACCAAAAAGCGGGGGAGAGGACGACUUUUUCCCCCUCCGGUUCGAUGCCAUGAUGAAAUUGGAAGGAAACCGAGACCCUGGCGACUCGUCCGAUUCGUCGGUGCCCUCCGUCCAGGUGGCUUGCAUCAUAACGGCACUAUCGGACAAUCGGAAUCGGACCACCCAACACGUGCGACACCUGGUUACUAAAUUUGGAGGAGAGUUUCUUCCGACGGAUCAUCUCAAUUACCUCUUCGAUCACGUGGGUCAUAUUCUUGUGGAAAUCGCAGUCAACAAAAUCGUCGACACCAAUAGUGACGUUGAGGAGGCAAUGCUGAUCUUGGAAGAAGAACUUAUGGAAUGCGCCCUCGAGGCAGGUGCUAUCAAUAUCGAGCCAUCAACCGACGAUGGGGAAGAAGACGACACAGAAAUUGACGGGCCAACCGCUGCAACUGAAGCUACAGCUAGGUUUGUAGUGACCACGGAAGAAAAGGAACUGUGGAAGGUCGUUCGGGCGCUGAGGGGGGAAGCAACAAAAGAUACAAUUGAAGACGACAACGGGGAUUCUACAGCCAGGUGGAAUCUAUUGCGAUUCGAGCACAGAUACGUCCUCAAGGACCAGGAUUAUGGAGAGGUUGCGGGUGUCCACUCGGAGUCUCCGGCACGGGACAGCCUCGAUACGUUUCUGGAACAGCUCGACGAAAACGAAGACGUUCACAAAGUCUACCACAAUGCGGCUCUUUUGCAACUCAGUUGACAAGAAAAGCAACACCCUCAAGUGGAAAAGAUAUACUGUAAAAUAGUUUUUUGAAUUUGAUUUCAAUAGUUCACCAAUGGAAUUUAUACAAGACAGGAACUGUUAGCUACUGAGUGAACAAGCAUUUGCAGAGUUCACUUUUUCCCACAUCGUGUUGCCAAAUGGUGCCAACCCCAAUAUUAAUUGGCAGGCUGUCUCAGGUAGUUUCUACAGAGCAAAUCUACUAAGUGAGUGCAAAGGUUGUCAAUCAAGUCCUUCAUUGUAUUUCAAAAAUGGAUGAAAGACAAGACUUGCAUUGUCAUAGAUCUACCAGAAUAAGAAAAAAUUCUCCUCAGUUCUGCUUGAUCUUCAGACAUCAGGACCUCUUCAAGUGCAACAUCCCCCACCAUAGGUCAAAUUUGUUAGUAGUGAGAGCAAGGCAGUCAUCAGCAGAAUCCAUUCCUGAUACAAAGAUACAGAAGAAUGCAAAUGAUACCAUGGUUCUGAAUUUGACCUAAUUGAACAAAUUAAUCAUAGUGCA